AUGGACAUAGCGGCGGUAGCGGCCCGUCCGGGCGGCGCGGCGGCGCUGAACAAAACAUGUAAUUACUGUUUAAUGACAAACAAGCUGUACCCGUUGUUUAUACCGACAUUCUGUAGCAGACGUGACGUGCAGACGUCAGUGAGCAGGAUGCACGCAGCGAGCACGCGGGGCGCGGGCCGGCGCGCGCGGCCGCCGCCGGGCGCCGCGCUGCUGACGCUGCUGACGCUGCUGGCGCUGGUGGCCGCCGCGCUCGCAGCCGCCGAAUCCGACGUGGCGCCUGUCGCCGCGACCCUCGGCGGCGACGACCUGCUAGAAGACGAGAACGAUUCCGCGCCGUUCACGGUGGUGGUGGAGCAUUCCUCGGGGUGGCGGUGCAGCGGAUCUCUGGUGUCGUGGCGGAUGGUGGUGACGUCCGCGAGGUGCGCGCGCGGCCCGGGCCGGCCGCCCGCCGCCGAGCUGUGGGCGCGGCCCGCCGGCGCCGGGGGCGGCCCCGCGCGCCGCGUCUCGAGGCUCGUGCUCCCCGCCGGCUCCGACGCGGAGGUCGGUGACGGCGGGCGCGGGUGGGGCGCGGCGGCGGGGGACCUGGCGCUGGCCGAGCUGGAGGCGCCGCUGGUCGGGCCGCUCGUGCAGCGCGUGCAGCCCGUGCAGCCCGUGCAGCCCGUGCAGCCCGUGCAGCCCGUGCAGCCCGUGCAGCCCGUGCUGAUGGCGGUGGCGGCGGCGGAGUGCGCGGCGCCGGCCGCCUGCCACGUGGCGCGCGCACUGUCGAGGGCGCGCCUGCGCGUGGCGGACGUGGCGCUGGUCGGCCCGCGCGAGUGUGCGGCGCGCGCACCUCACUGGAGUGCGCUCGAAGACCGCGCUCUGUGUCUCGCUGGACCCGAGCUAUGCCAGAGUGACUGGGGUGCGGGCAUAGUCUGCGGUGGCAAGUUGUGCGGCGUGCUCAGCUUAUCGACGAGCAGCUUCGAGAAGACGGCGAAUGACAAUCAGGGAGAGACAGGCGGCGGAGAAGGAGGGCACUGUGGGAACACCCACGCCGCGCAGAACGUAGCCCUCUGGCGGCGUUUCCUACAUUGCGCUCUCUCAUUGGGUGCGCACGGACGGGACAGUGAAUGCGCGAUGUUGUGCAAAGAGCGACGACUGAUCGAUGAACGGGACGGUGAAGGUGGCGCCGACGCGGACGUGGACGCGGAGAAAGAAGGCGGGCCAUCUCAACCGACGGUACAGCUGACGAGGACCACGCGGCGACACUCCCUCGCCGUGACAGCACGCAGACAGUCUGUCGUAACAAGACAGCAUGACGUGUCCGCAGCGUCGACGCCGGCGGGCCGCACGUCGCCCGCACUGCCCACGCGCAGCGCGCCUGCGACCACUCAACGUCGUCCGAUUGAAUUCGAACCUAAUCGUGCCGACUUUAAGGCGGGCGAGUACGGCGACAACGUGGCGGACUACGUGGGCGACGAGCCGCUGUCACCCCCGCCGCCUCCGCCGCCCCCGCCGCCUACGCGCACAGCAUCGCGCGCGUCCGGCGCCGGCUGCGACGACGGCGGCGCCACGCGAGCCAACCUGACCGCAGAGCGCCGCGCGGCCGGCACCGCCCUAUAUCCACACCGCACGGGAGCGUCAUCGGCCAAGGAAUCCGAUCGAUUCAAUGCUGCCGAUUUCGGCGAGAGGGCGACGCGAGCGGCUAGGACAAUGGGUCCUGACCCCAACCGGGACCCGUCCAGGCCGUGA